UUAUUAUAAUUAUUGAAAUAAUCAUAAGUUUUUUUUUUGAUGACAACAUUUUUCACGCCAAAAACAUUUUUGUUAUUAUUAUAAUUAUUAUUAAUAUUUUAAAAAUCAAAUUGUAAUUAAUUGCUAAAUGAAAUACUGAAAUAUCCCAAUAAAACCAAACAAACAAAAAACUAUGAGUGAAAUCGAGACCAGUAUUGACUUGAGAUAUGAGACUAAAGAAGACAAACAAAUCAAACUAUGGGGCGGAAGGUUUGAGUCGGGUUUGGAUCCACUGAUGGAAGAGUUUAAUGAUUCGCUAAGAUUUGAUAAACGACUGUUCGCUGCGGAUAUCACCGGAAGUAUUGCUUACGCGAAAGCUCUCAGAAAAUGCGAUCUUUUGAAAGAAACGGAAUUCAAUCUAAUGAAAGAAGGACUCGAGAGUAUUGAGAGAGAGUGGAAAAACGGCUCGUUUACCAUCAAAGCUGGCGAUGAAGACAUUCAUACGGCUAACGAAAGAAGACUUAAGGAACUAAUUGGCACUGAAACCGGUGGUAAACUGCAUACCGGUCGCAGUCGUAACGAUCAAGUGGCCACCGAUAUGAAAAUCUGGUUACGGGAAUCGCUAAAAGAAUUGCUUAAAUAUAUGCUUAAAUUGAUUGAUGUUAUCGUCAAACGGAGCACUCAAUAUUUGGACGCAUUAAUGCCGGGCUAUACUCAUCUGCAAAGAGCACAACCCGUUUACUUCAGCCAUUGGUUGCUGUCGUUUGCAUUCAUGUUUCGCCAGGACUGCCAGCGACUGGUCUCACUUGUCGACCGAAACAAUGUGUGUCCACUGGGCAGCGGAGCGCUGAGCGGUAAUCCGUUUAACAUUGAUCGCGAUUUUCUGGCCAAAGAAUUGGACUUUGAUUCGUGUUCACUGAAUAGUAUGCAAGCAGUCGGCGAUCGUGACUUUGUAGCCGAAUUUCACUUCUGGUCGUCGCUGACCAUCGUUCAUAUGAGCAAAUUGGCCGAAGACUUGAUACUAUGGAGUUCCAAGGAGUUCGGGUUUAUCGAAAUAUCCGACUCAUUCAGUACCGGAUCGUCACUAAUGCCCCAGAAGAAGAAUGCCGACAGUCUUGAGCUGAUUAGAGGCAAAUCGGGACGAGUUAUCGGCAAUUUGACCGCAAUCUUAGUGGUACUCAAGGGUCUUCCAUCUACGUUUAAUAAAGAUCUUCAGGAAGACAAGGAAGGCAUGUUUGACACUAUGGACACAAUGAAGAAUGUUAUUCAAGUGACCACUGGAGCUAUCGAUACGUUGACUUUAAACCGAAACAAAUGCAUUGAAGCCCUCAGCAGCGAUAUGUUGGCCACAGAUAUUGCCUACUAUUUGGUCCGCAAAGGGGUGUCAUUCCGUAAAUCUCAUGAAUUGGUGGGCAGUGUUGUGGCGGCCGCCGAAAGAAUGGGCACUGAAUUACAUAACUUACCGAUUGCUGUGUUUAAGGAGAUAUCCGACAAUUUCGACGACGAUAUCAGACUAUUGUGGAACUUCGAGAACAGUGUCAACCAAUAUGUGGCCAAAGGAGGCACCAGUAGGUCGAGUGUUGUCCAACAGAUUGCCUUCUUGAAGGAAUGGAUCAAACAAAUGGAUGAAUAAGAUAUUUAAAAACAAAAUAAAUAUAAUAAUAAUAAUUAUUAUU